AUGAAGCUAAUAAUUCAAAUAAUAAUCAUUUGCAAAAUAUUAACUCAAUAUCAAGCAGAUUGUGGUACAGCACAUUGUGCUUAUAAAUUUGCAGUAUCCAAAGAUUAUAUUUGUACAAUUACUUUAUUUCCAUCUGAUGAUGAAAUCAACAACAAAACUAUUCUUGAAAGUUAUGACGUUAUAGCUGGAGAUCAUAAAGGUGGUUCAGAUGAUUUAGUGACAGGUUUGGGAGGCUCAGGAACAGAUGCACGAAUAUUUCCAGGAACUAUAUGCAAAAAGUUUAAGAAUUUAAAGAAAAUAAUCCUCGCUUAUUCGGAUAUACAAAAGUUAACAGAGAAAAGUUUUAGAGAUUGUGCAAACUUAGAUACACUCAGUUUUGUUGACACAGCUAUCAAAUGGAUUGGACAAGACACAUUCAAAAAUAUAGCAAAAUUAGAAAAAUUAACAAUCGGAUCAUCACAACUAAGUUACAUUUCUGAAAUUUUGCUUAAAAACAAUCAAAAUUUGAAGGAACUAAGACUCAGUUCCAAUCAAUUAAGCUUGUUUAAUGAAAAAGUUUUGGAAAAUCAGCAAAAUUUGAAAACUUUAGUUUUGUCUUACAACAAAAUUGCAGGAUUUCCAAAAUUCUUCUUCAAGUCACUUAAAAACUUGGAAACUUUGGACGUUCAAAAUAAUUUAAUCGCAAAUAUCUCUGCUGUCUGGUUUGUAACGUUAAUAAACUUAAAGGAGCUUGACUUAAGCAACAAUUUGAUUGAAGAUUUACCAAAAAGUGUUUUGUUAAAACAAGAAAAAUUAGAAAAGCUGAAUUUGGACUCGAAUUUGAUACAAUUUAUUCAUUAUGAUUCAUUCUUAGUCUUACCAAAUAUUAUUAGACUCUCGAAAAAUCAAAUUGAAGGAAUAGAUGAGAACUUUAUUAGAAAAUUAAUUGUUACGGAAAAAUCAGUUCUGCUGAUAGGAAAUAAAUGCACUGAAGACAGCCAAAUUACUGAAGAAGAUGGACAAGAUGAAGUAAUAAAUCCAAUAGAUGAAGAUUUUCUUAUGGAAAUUGAAUCUUGUUUCUACUCGUACAUACCACGAAGUGAAAAUUAUCAAAAAGAUCAGUACAUUUCGGACAUUUACGAGAAAUUAAACUAUCUUACUCAAAAAAUUGAACGCUUUUCUGAUUUUUUUCGACUGUGA